AUGACUCUAGCAGCAAGCGACGUGGACAUGUCCGUCGGACCCAGCAAGCCCGCCAUGCAAGCACCGCCGGCGACGGCGACGACUACAUCACAUACCGCCUCAUCAGCACCGCCCUAUCCUCCAGCGGGCUACUCUCCACUAAACCUGUCAUCACCGGACGAGCCGCGUACAGCAGCGGCUGCCAUCGCAACUGCAAAUGCCGCGCUGUCGCAACACCACACGCCCACACCCAACAAUGCAUCCCUCGGCAAGAAGCGCAAGGCCAGCGGGCAGCCGGGCAGCAGAGGAGUCGCCAACUUGACGCCCGAUCAGCUCGCCAAGAAGCGUGCAAAUGAUCGUGAAGCGCAGAGAGCAAUCAGAGAGCGGACGCGGAACACGAUAGAGGCGCUGGAGCGGAGGAUACGAGAGCUGGAAAGUCAGCAUCCAUACCAAGAGUUGCAGCGCGUGGCACAGGAGAGGGAUCGCGCGUUGGCAGAUUGUGAGGAGUUGCGAAAGAGACUUGGAUCCAUUGCAGGGAUCGUUGGGGGAUCGCAACGCCCAGACCUGAAUGAACUCGCCGCCUUAACAGCACAGCAACCUCCGCUUCCUACCAAUCAGCAGAAUUCGCAGAACCAGCAGGCGUAUUCCACUUCGCCUCAAGGCCCGACAUUCGAGCAGCAGCAGCACAUUCACCCAGAACUUCGCUCGCCUGAGUCUUCGCAUAUCCAGACGAGUCCGCCUAGCCGAACGGCAAGCACUGGACCUGCUUUUCAAGCUGGGGAAAGCACGCUCCGAAGGUGGUCGCCUAGUCUGAACCAUCCACCUGGUCCACACUUCGCCACUACGAAUGGCGUCCAGCACGACCAGCGACCGCCGUCAAGCUCGCAUGUGCAACAGCAUACGCCGAAUGGAGACCGCCAUGGCCUGAGCUUCCUUCUGGAACCGAGCAACAGCACUUCCUCCGCCACCCAAUCCUGCCAUUCACCAGCGACACCGGAACAGCCCAUCUAUGCUCGCCUGACGAAUGUUGGCAGGGCCUCUUGUCCACUCGACUACCUACUCAUCGACUUCCAUCGGAGCCGCACGAGAAUGCUUUCAGAAGGCAUGUCCAAGUUCGACGCCAUCGGCCCAGACUAUCCUACCUUCGCCGCUCUAAUCGAUCCAAACUCGCCCGAACGAGAGCAUCAACAUCCCGUCUCUGCCCUGCUCGUCGACAUGCUAUCGAAGUUUCCCGACGUUGCAGAGCUACCCGAGAAAGUCGCAGUUCUGUACGUCAUGUUCCUCGUCCUACGUUGGCUUAUCUGCCCAUGUGCCGACUGCUACGAGCGCCUCCCGACGAUGUGCCGGCCGAUCCAAGAACAAUACGACAGGACGCAUGCCUGCUGGUUAGACUACCUGCCCUGGCCACACAUGCGCAAGACCCUGUGUACAGGUGAGCGGGAGGUCCACUUCGAUGACUGGUUUGUCCCCUAUACGAAGACAAUCUCACUGAACUGGCACAUGGGAGAUGAAUACGUCCUGGUCCCGGCUGGGGAUAACGAGCGGCCGUCUCUGAAGCUUAGCCCGGCUUUUGAGACCCACCUCAGGAAUUUGUCGAACUGGAAUUUGGGAAGUGAGUUCCAGCGGCAAUACCCGGAGUUCGUGGACGAGACUGUGAGGAUCAAGGAUAACGGCGAUUCUUAG